AUGGAGCGUCGUCAGAGUCUGGAGGAGCAGCUCCGGUGUCCUGUCUGUCUGGACGUCUUCAGUGAACCUCUGAUGUUACAGUGUGGACACUCUUAUUGCAGGUGUUGCGUGCGCUCCAUGACAGUGGACCUGCUCGGUCAGCUGCAAUGUCCCGUGUGUCGCUGUGCUGUAGACGGAGACAGUCCUCCUCCCAACGUCAGCUUGGCUCGUAUCAUCGAGGCUCUGCAGGACGUGAGUGUAUCAGGUGGAGCCCAGCCCGAGUCGUGUCCUCAGCAUCACAACCCACUCAGCCUUUACUGUGAGGACGAACAAAUGGUGAUCUGUGGCCUCUGUGGAAGCAUCGGUGCUCACCGCGGACACAAAAUCACACCUGUGAGCUCUACCUACAGUCACAUGAAGGAGGACAUUUCCUGUCUGAUGACAGACUUCCAGCAUCAGAAACGGAAACUGGAGGAUCAGAUCUGUAAAAUGGCGUACAACAAAUCCAGGAUCACUAAUGAGUCUGACGUGCUGAAGUGGGUGGUGAGGAAGGAGUUUGGUGAGCUGCGGCGCUGCCUGGAGGUGGAGGAGGCGGGCUUCAUGCAGCAGGUGGAGACUUCGGCUGCAGACCUCAUCUUGUCCCUCCAGAACCAGACGGACCAGUUAAACCAGAACCUGCAUCGGCUGCAGCAGGCCCUGAACACCCUGCAAGACCUGAGCAACGAGGGGCACCUGGACUUCAUUAUGAAGUAUGGAUCGAUCGCUCCGAGGUUCAGAGCAAUCCAGGAGCUCCAGCUGAAGGAGGAGAGAAUCUUCAGCUCUCUGAACUUCAGACCAGGUUUCAACCACAGCGACAUCAAACUCACGGUGUGGAAAAGAUUACACCGAAAAGUCCUGCCAGCUCCAGAGCCGUUGAAGCUGGAUCCUCAGACGGCUCACCCAAUGUUAGAGCUCAUUGGUGGGGACACGCUGGUGUCCUGUGGGGCUCUGCUGCGGAGGCUCCCUGAUAAUCCUGAGAGGUUCAGUUACAGCUACUGUGUCCUGGCCAACCGAGGCUUCUCCUCUGGGAAACACUACUGGGAGGUGGAAGUUGGAAACAAACCGAAAUGGCGCCUUGGCUUGAUCAAAGGAACGACCAAUCGUAAGGCCAAGCUGGUGAAGAAUCCAGAUUGUGGAGUGUGGCUGAUUGGACUGAAGGACGGGGUUUACGAAGCCUUCACUUCCCCCAGGGUAGUCCUGCCGCUGUCAUGUCCCCCCCGCCGGGUGGGACUCUUCUUGGACUACCAAGGCAGAUGUCUGACCUUCUUUAACAGUGACAGUCCUGACGAGCUGGGCUUCAUCUACAGCUUCAGGCUGGAGGUUCAGGGGAAGGUCUACCCCCUGCUGGACGUGUGCUGGCACGAGCGAGGAGACAACAAAGAGCCUCUGGUCCUCCUGCAUCCCCACAGGGAGCACCUCCUGCCCCAGCCUCACAAGGAGCACCUCCUCCCCCAGACCCAGAAACCCAACAAGUUCAGAGCAAUCCAGGAGCUCCAGCUGAAGGAGGAGAGAAUCUUCAGCUCUCUGAACUUCAGACCAGGUUUCAACCACAGCGACAUCAAACUCACGGUGUGGAAAAGAUUACACCGAAAAGUCCUGCCAGGUACACUUGACACCUGUACUCGUACCUCUUUUUGCCUCUACCUGUACCUGGAUCUCUACCUGUACCUGUACUUGAACCUCUACUUGUACUUGUACCUCUACUUCUACCUGUACAUGUACCUGUACAUAUACCUGAACCUCUAUUUCUGCCUUUACCUGUACGAGUAUCUCCAGAGCCGUUGA